GCGCCUGCACAUGCAGACUGGAUAAGUGAAGCGGAGCAGGGUUGGUCCACUGGGACCUUCGCGUAGGCUGAGCCGUCCAGCACUCCAAUCUCGCCGAGCUGUCAAACCUGCCCUGCUCGUUGAGAGAGGAGAUAUUCAAACAAACUGCGUUUUUAUGGUCAUUUUUUACGUCGACUUUGCUUGUUCCCUGGCACUGAUGAAUUGAAGUUCAACUAGCCUUACUUAUUUGGACCGUGGAUCAACCUAAAACCGUACCGCCCAGGGCUGAGAGGAUGGGUAACGGGUCGGUGAAGGCAAAGUCUGUGAAGUCCCCCAGCGGGCCCCAUGGCUCCAGCGGCCGAGGGAAGGCCACUCACAGGGAGACCAGCCGAGGCUCCGGCUCCAAGGCCACCACCCAACUCCUCAAAGCCAAGGUGGAGGAGCUGGAGCAUGAGCUGAGGCGGCGGGAUGAGGAGCUGGACUCGCGGCGUCUCCAGCUGCGCUGCCUUCAGGAGCAGCUGCUCCAGCAGGGCCGUGUCAUCGGGGAGCUCACCGAGCAGCUCCAGAACCACAGCCUCCAGCUGGGCCGCCUCCACUCCCCCGGCGGCCCCCAGCAACCCCCUACGCCGCCGCGGGCCCGGCCAGACCCGCUGCGAGCCGCGCUGGACCGCAGGAGAGGCGCCAAGGCCGGCGUGUCGGCUGAACCCUCGUCCAGGACCUACGACUCGGGCACCCUGCCUCAGUUCAGCCUGGAAAAAGCCCGCGUGUGGAAGGAGGCUAGUGUAAAGAAGAUGAUCACGGACUCCCUGAACAGGAACCUGUACCUGAAGAGGCUGGAGGCCCCCCAGAUCAGAGACAUGGUGGAGUGCAUGUAUGAGAGGAGCUUCCAGCAGGGAGACUAUGUCAUCAAACAGGGGGAGCAGGGCAAUCACCUGUUUGUGUUGGCGGAUGGUAAUCUGGAGGUCUACCAGCAGAGUCAGCUGCUUACGUCCAUCCCAGUUUGGAGCACGUUUGGGGAGCUGGCCAUUCUCUACAACUGCACCCGCACCGCUUCAGUUAAAGCGGUGACGAGUGUGAAAGCGUGGGCUCUGGAUCGUGAGGUCUUCCAUAACAUCAUGCGCAUGACUGCAGAGACGCGACAUGAACAGCACCGCAACUUCCUCAGAAGUGUUUCUCUGUUGGCAAACCUGCCCGAGGACAAGCUCAGUAAAAUUGUGGAUUGUUUGGAAGUGGAAUACUAUGACAAGGGAGAUUACAUCAUCCGGGAGGGUGAGGAGGGGAACACUUUCUACAUCAUCUCCAAGGGAAAGGUGAAAGUGACCCAGAGCACGGAGGACCACUCCGAGCCCCAGGUCAUUAACACGCUGCACAAGGGAGACUACUUCGGGGAGAAAGCACUGAUCAGUGAUGAUGUGAGAUCAGCCAAUAUCAUUGCAGACGAGGAUGGAUUGGAAUGUCUGGUUAUUGACCGAGAAACCUUCAAUCAGACAGUAGGGACGUUUAGUGAGCUUCAGAAAUAUCUACAGGGCUAUGUGGAGAUACUGGACCGAGAUGACAAGAAGAGGCAUGCUAAGAAGUUGACCCCCUCGCUACAGAGCCCUCCCCUCUCCCCUGGGCUCAUCGAGCUGAACGAGACCGACCAGAGCCCCACGCCUCGCCUCAGCAACCUUGAGGUCAUCACCACACUGGGGGUCGGUGGUUUCGGACGUGUGGAACUGGUGAAGGUGAAGAACGAGGAAUUGACAUUCGCCCUGAAGCGCAUCAAGAAGGCCCACGUGGUGGAGAACAAGCAGGAGGAGCACAUCCACUCAGAGAGGAGAAUCCUGACAGAGGUCAACUCACCUUUCAUCAUCAAGCUUCACCGCACCUACAGGGACACCAAGUAUGUGUACAUGCUUCUGGAGGCCUGCUUAGGAGGCGAGAUCUGGAGUCUCCUCAGGGACCGGGGAAGCUUUGAUGAGCACACGGCCAGGUUUUGUGUGGCUUGUGUGACCGAAGCCUUUGACUACCUCCACCACAAGGGAAUCAUCUACAGAGACCUGAAGCCAGAGAAUCUCAUGCUGGAUGCAGAGGGGUACAUUAAGCUGGUUGACUUUGGCUUUGCUAAGAAGAUGAAGUGUGGCCAGAAGACAUGGACGUUCUGUGGCACGCCCGAGUACGUGGCCCCCGAGAUCAUCUUGAACAAGGGCCACAGCUUCAGCGUAGACUUCUGGUCCCUGGGCAUCCUGGUGUUUGAGAUCCUGACGGGAAGUCCUCCGUUCACAGGCUCGGACCAGAUGAUCACCUACACCUUCAUCCUGAGGGGCAUCGAGUCGCUGGACUUCCCCAAGAGAAUCACCAAGAGGCCAGCGGACCUCAUACGCAAGCUGUGCAAGCAGAACCCAUCUGAGCGUCUGGGCAACCUGAAGAAUGGGAUCACAGACAUCAAGAAGCACAGGUGGUUCAGUGGCUUCAGCUGGUCUGGGCUGAAAAACCGGACCCUGAAAUCCCCUCUGAAGAGAGAGCUGAUGGGACCCACAGACCACAGCUAUUUCGACACCCCAGAUCAGGACUCGACCCUGCCCAGUGUCCAGCCUCAUCUGCAGGCCCUGACCCAACCCUGCCCAGGGUCUGGUGUCCAGCGUCCAGCCUCAUCUGCAGGACCUGACCCAACCCUGCCCAGGGCCCAGAGUCCAGCCUCAUCUGCAGGACCUGACCCAACCCUGCCCAGGGUCUGGCAUCCAGCCUCAUCUGCAGGACCUGACCCAACCCUGCCCAGGGUCUGGCGUCCAGCGUCCAGUCUCAUCUGCUCUGGAGGAACUCUGGGCUUCUCUGUCUCUUUACUGUUUUCAGAGUAUUUGGAACCUCAGCCGAUCUUCUCCAUGCACUUCCUCUGCAUAAGCAGCAUGGAGCGUGCCUUAGUCAAACAAUAAAAAAAACAACAAAGCACGUACAACUGCAAAAUAUCCAGACCUACUUAGUGACAGUUUGUGGGUAGACUAUUCUACUUCAAUAAAAACAUCAUUGCAUGUUCUACACAGUAGCCUACCUGUGCUGCUCACCAGUCAUCAGAAUACUCAUCGAGAAGUUGGAGUUCGCUAGGUCCUCACAUUCUUCAACAGGAACUAACGCUGAACAAAGAGCACAUGGCUGUCUUACCAAUCAAUGAGCACAGCAUGAGGAUGACGGGCUAAGUGCACAUACAAUAUAACCUAGGGCUCAUUCAUGGCAGAUGUGUACUUUGUGAAUUCUCUGUACUUUGUAAAUAUUUUGAAAUUACUCAUUCGUGGUUCUCUGAGCAGUGAGCGACCCAGUGGAACCUCAGCAGUAAGCCACAGAUCUUAUGUUUUAGUUGUAUUUUUUAUUUUAUUUAAACACACUUUGUGCCAGGCCACCAUAUUUUGUCAAUUUGACCUCUGUGUCUAGUCUCUAGUCUGUGCCAAUAAGUUUUGUGCUCUCCUAAGAUCUAAUGUCCGUAUCAAACACAGAAUGAUCCCACUAGUAACUAACUGUGAUUUAUUUAAAUUUUGUGUUUUUAAGCUAUUACACACAGAUUUUAAACACUAAAUUAAGAAAAGCUGUGAAACAAUGCUAUA